AAACACUACACGUAGAAGAAGAAUGGCAGCUAGUGAAACCGGAAAUGUCAACCGAGUGACUGCGAAGUAGACAUCACAUCUUGACUUUAUAUUCCAUGAUGGAGUGCUAGUGUAAGAGAAGAAACAGUCGUGAAACAUCGUCAGAGAGCAAACUGCGAACAUGACAAAUGUGUACUCUUUCGACGGCAUCCUGGUGUUUGGGCUGCUGUUCAUCUGCACCUGUGCAUACCUCAAAAAGGUGCCGCGCCUCAACAACUGGCUGCUGUCAGAGAAGAAAGGAGUGUGGGGCGUCUUCUACAAAGCUGCAGUGAUUGGGACGCGGCUCCACAUUGCUGUGGCGGUUUCCUGUCUGGCCAUGGCUUUCUAUCUUGUCUUUUUGAAAUGAUUGAGGCAGACUGGAAAAGACUGGACGGCUGCAGGGUGGGGACGGACUCAUCUCAGUGGUCACGUGCUGAUCCUUGAUGCAGGACACUUUCAGGAUUAAGUGACUGAUGAAAGCCUAUUGCCCUGUGGGCCCAUGUUAAAAAAAAAAAAAAAAGCCAGUGGCGCCCCCUUCUGGUGACUGGGUACAUAACUCCUCCCUUAAUAAUGUAUGUGCACUACAGACAUGAAGGGCAUCUGGAAUCUACUCCACAGUUAUUAUAGAGAAGAGAGCCUGUUUGGUCACAUGGUGUCAUUCUGUUUCUUGUCUACAUCCACAUCCUGUAAUUAUUUAUACUGAAGGAUGCAUUGUAUGCAUUGUGCCGUAUACCUGUGCAUACCCUACAAUUAGCCUGGCUGUAUAUAUUUAAAUGAAAUAUGACCAAUGACCAGAUUUUUCCCAUACACAAUAUCUGAUCAAAGUGAAAAUGAGCAUUUCUCCUCCGAGCUGUGUUUUAGUCUAUAUCACUUCUUCUGUCAAUGGUGGAGGGGAAGAUAAACAAAGCUAAUAUAUGAAGAUGUUCUUGUAUACACUAUAUUUCACUGUUAUCAGAUCUAUUAACCUUUCUCAACAGUGCUUUUGGGUGUCUCCUACUUUUUUAGGUUGCAUUUACUUUGACAGCUAAUACUAGAUAUGUCUUGAAUGUCAUAAAUAAAGUCACAUAGGAGUCACAGAAAGAAAGUAGUGACUGUAAAAGAGGCAUAUCUCAACAUUUUAAAUUUGGAUAGCUGCAUCAGACUCGCCUGAAGAUUGAAACGCAAUGCCAAAUAGGGAUGGUGCCUCUGAUUCUAUCUAUUACUGUUACUCUGAGUUUAAUUCUGCUACCUUAUUUUUUAUUACUAAUGUUUUUUGAUUUGGAAAGGGGGGGGUGCAAUGCAAUUUUGAGUAAAACCUUGAUCAGACAAGUUCUGCAUUUGUUGUCUUUAUAAAACAAAUAAUUUCUCUCUUUUUUGGUACCAAUCACAGAACAUACACUAACAGAUAAAUAUCCUUUAAUUCAAUGUAAAUGAAGUUCAAAUCUGAAGUAAUUGCCUCAAGUCUAUUGUGUGUGAGUUGAUCUUUAUCAUCUUUGAAAAAUGAAUUGUACAAGUUUACCCCCAUUCUUUGCAAACCUCCUCCAGCUGAGGGAGCAGCAGUUUCCUGGUUUGCAACAAACCAACUGAAUCAAGGUCUUGACUCAGAUUUUUGUUCUUUUCUGGAGUUUUUCUUCUGUCUUGCAACAAAAUAAACCACCUUUCAUUGUGUCAUCAUA